AUGGAACGCGAUCCGUGGUCACCGACCGGCCCCGGCAAACAUGGCUAUUGGUUUCGCCCGGCAAAGGCUAGGAGGGUCCAGUUCAGAGAGAACGAAAAGCGGCACGUCUUUGUGGGCACUGACGCGGGUUUAUACCAUUACUGCGGGUACUAUCGCAUCGUCCCUUCCGGCAAACUUACGAAGGAUGAAUGGUCGUCAUUGCCCCACCAUCACAAGGUCAGAUACGCACAGCUCAUCUGCCCGCUUCCCGACUAUUUGAAGGAGCACGACGCUGAAAGCACCCAUGAUGUCAUCGAUAAGUUCGAUCAAGGACUUCUCCGCGCGCCUCUCAUGCGGCUGCAGUGUAUACGGUUCGACGUUGAGUUCUACGCCGACCUUUGUCGCGCGAACGAUGCAUACUUUGCAGAAGUAGGAUUUGAGCUUGUGUCCCGGCCGAGAAAGCGACGUAGGACUACGGGCGAGUGGCAGGGAGAGGACAAUUCCGAGUCUGACUCGGAGAUUGACGAAAAAGAACUGUGA